GAGCGCUGACGCCGCCCGGCUGGCUCCGCAGUCCGCAACUGGGGCUGGGUGCACCGCUCCGGAACCCCGCACCCCACGCCCGGGUCCCGCGUGACGCCCAGGCCGAGGGACCCCUCAGCCCCGAGGGACGAGUUCCCGUCGCGGGUCCCGCGGAACCAGAGCCAGCCGCGCUGGGCAGACGCCUCCAGGCGACCAAAUGUUCGCCUUCCAGCCAGGGGUGGCUGAGGGGGGCCAGUUCCUGGGGGGCCCACCUUCUGGAGUAUGUCAGCCUGAGUUCCAACCAGAUAGCAACUCCAACUUCAUGGCAAGUGCCAAGGAUGCCAAUGAGAAUUGGAGUGGGAUGCCAGGCCAAGUGGAGCCCAUUCUGAUGAAGAAAUCCGCGUUGCCCUCUGAUAACCAGUCCUUCCAGGCCCCUGGACUUCCUGAGGGGGAGGUCCGAAGCCCACCAGAAGGGGCAGAGAUCCCCAGAGCUGAGCCUGAGAAGAUGGGUGGUGCUGGCACAGUCAGCUCCCCUCUGGAGGACAAUGGCUAUGCCAGCAGCUCCCUGAGCAUUGACAGCCCCAGCAGCAGCCCUGAGCCUGCCUGUGGGACCCCUCCAGGCCCUGGCCCUUCAGAUCCCUUUCUGCCCUCGGUGGCCCAGGCUAUGCAGAAGCUGCAGGCUCAAGAACGCUACAAAGAGCAGGAGAAGGAGAAGCACCACAUGCACUUGGUGAUGUACCGUCGCCUGGCUCUGCUCCAGUGGAUCCGAGGUCUGCAGCACCAGUUGAUUGACCAGCAGGCCCGCCUGCAGGAGAGCUUCGAUACCAUCCUAGAUAACCGGAAGGAGCUUAUCCGCUGUCUCCAACAGAGGGCAGCACCAUCCAGACCCCAGGACCAGGGCUAAGAGCGUUCCUCCACGGGGUGCAAGGGGUAUCUGUAAAUACUUGCAGGCAUGAAUGUGGUUGUGCGCAAGUACAUAAUUAUUAGCUGGUAUGAGUGCAGCUAAGGAUAAGUGAGUAGUAUGUGCUAACAUGUAGUGGAUAUGUGCAGGCAUGUAUGAAUCCGCACCUGGGCACCAGCUUGCAUGUGCGGUGUGUACACACGAGCUAACUUAAUGUGCAGGCCUAUGUAGGAGUGUGUCCAUCUGUGUAUGUGUAGCAUGUAUAUAAGAGGGAGUAAACUUGUAUAUGCAUAGACAAGUGUGGACAGGCACCCAGAAGUGUGUGUAUACAAGUAUGCAUGAGUGAGGAUGUACAAUUGACCCUUGAAUAACACAGGUUUGAACUGCAUAGUCCCGCUUAUGAGUAUAUGUGGAUUUUUUCCAAUAAAUAUGUAUAGCUCUGUAAGUGUAUUUUCUCUUAUGAUUUUCUGAAUAG